AUGUGGUUCACCCGCGGUUUCAGUCUCACAAAUUUCGUCAUCGGCACAUCCGCGUUAACUUUCCAAGUCUUUGUGCUGUACCCGUGGCACGAGCAGCUGGACGAGGAGUUUAAGGAGCUAAGGAAAGAGCAUGCGAGAUUGCUGGAUGAGACGCAUAAGCAG